CGUAAACAGCGGCGCGUUCACUUUACGGCAGGAGGUUGAAGGGGCAUGUUUCUGGUGAUGAGGUACCUUUCUCCAUCCUGCAGGAACACCGAUAAAGGCUGCAGCCGAGUCAACACAAGGAGAGGGUAAUUACAGUUGAAGUUUAACCAUGGCAGCAAGGCAGAAUUUUCAAUGCCUGGAGGACCAUCUCCUGUGUCCCAUCUGUCUGGAGGUCUUCAAGCAGCCCUUGAUGCUGCAAUGUGGUCACAGCUAUUGUAAGAAUUGCAUCCACUCCCUUUCUGGAAAUCUGGCCAGUUGUUUCACUUGUCCUGUGUGUCGAAAGGCUGUGGACGGCAGAAGCUCCUCUCCCAAUGUCUCUCUGGCUCGUGUCAUUGACACCCUGAUGGUAAUGAAUGGGUCCAGCAGUGAUCAGGAAACCUGCAGGGAUCAUCACAACCCAUUGAGCCUGUACUGUGAGAAGGACCAGCAGAUAAUAUGUGGGCUCUGUGGAAUCAUCGGACAGCACAAGCAACAUAAAAUAACACCACUCUCAAGUGUGUAUGAGAGAAUGAAGGAACAACUUGCUUUGCACAUAACAGGAGUUCAGACCCAAAAGAACAGCAUGGAGGGGCAAAUGAACAAGCUGAUACACAACAAGACACGUAUCAUUAAUGAAUCUGACGUCUUUAAAUUGGUGAUUCAGAAGGAAUUCCAGGAGCUCAGGAGUUUUGUUGAUGAUGAAGAGGCCAAUAUUAUCGAGACCAUACAAUUAAAAUGUACUUCUGCCAUUGAAUCAAUUGAUGAACAGUUGGAAGAGAUGUCCAAAUCUUUAAAGCAGUUUGCUGAAGCUGAGGCUUCAUUGAAGAAACUAAGCAACGAAAAUCACUUAGAUUUCAUACAAAAGUACAGUUCAAUUGUCUCAAGUUGCAAACUGGCGAUACAACCACAGUCCAACAAAGCCUUCAGCACCAUCUCCUUCAAACCUGGCUUUAGAGAUGAUGAUAUCAAAUUGACCGUCUGGAAAAAACUGCAAAAGAGGAUUUUACCAGACCCAGAGGAAUUAAAAUUGGAUCCCAGCACUGCGCACCCACUUCUGAUCAUAACCAACGGAAGCACCAGGGUAGAAUGUGGAACAUACCUCAAGCGCUUGUCAUUAAUACAGGAACGAUUUGACUACAAUACCUGCAUCCUCGCCAACAAAGGCUUUUCCUCAGGCAAGCACUACUGGCAAGUGAUUGUCAACGAGAAGAUGAAGUGGCGUCUUGGUGUGAUCAAAGGAACUACAGGCCGCAAAGGAAAGCUGAAUAAGACUCCCGAGAAUGGAGUCUGGAUGAUCGGAGUGAAGGAAGGAAAGAUUUAUGAGGCAUACAAGAGUCCCAAAGUCCAACUUACACUCUUUGUGAGGCCACGGAAAAUUGGCAUCUUCCUGGAUUAUGAAGGAAAGCGUCUCUCCUUCUACAAUGUGGAUAAUCCUGAUGAGCUGAGUUUGAUCUAUACGUUCGAUGCAGACUUUCAAGGGAAGAUUUAUCCAAUUUUUGAUCUUUGCUGCAUGGACAGAAGUGACUUAGCCCCUAUCACACUCUGUCGUGUAUAA